AUGUCCAACUCGUCCGUGGACGAGUGCUGGCGCGCGGCGCUCAGUCGAGAUGCCAACCAGCAAUUGGCGCUCUGGACCAGGCUCAUUCCCGGCCUCCUCCAGAAGGAGGGUUCAGAGGAGGCAUUGGUGGACCUCGUAUUUGGCAUAGCUGAUCGCCUGGCGGUCAGCCCGCGGCUCCAGGCCAGCAGCACCCCUGUCAUCACCACCGCCCUUGGCAACCCCAAGUUCAGGCGAGCCUUUGCUGCCGCCCUGCUGCGCAGCGACACGUCCAAGCUUGCUCCAAGGGCCAGUCUCAUCUUCCUGCAAUGGAGCGGGCUGUUGAUCGCGAGCCUGGAUCUGGAAAGCGGCGCCAAGGCGAUCGCCAAGGUGGUGGAGUUUCAGGCGUCGCUCCUGGCCAAGCUGGCACGUGGAAGCAGGGGCGAAGCUGCCUCCGCGAUCGUGGGCAGGGCGCUGCGCCGCGCCCCGGCCCUCCUCCCCGCCUAUUUGGAGGUGCUGCGGUCCGGCGGCUCCGCCCACCUCGCCGCGGCCAUCAUGCUGGCCGUGGCCGGAAAGGAGGAACAGGGGACCGCGGGCGCUGCCACGCUGGGGCUCUUCUGCAGCGAGCGGGGCCUGGGAGCGCGCGAGGCCCCGACCCCGGAGGCGAUGGCGGCCUGGCGCCUCGCCAGCCGGGCCUGGGGCCCCAAAGAGCUGGCGGGCACCCUGGCCCCCGCGUUCGAGAGAGCCCUGCGCCGUGCGCCCGACGCCACGCUGGGCACGCUGGCGGCGCUUGCCCCCGGCUUCGCGCCCGGCUCAGCCCGUGCUUCGGCGGCCUUCGGCGCCCUCCUGCCCCAGCUGGUCAGCGCGGCGCGGGCGGGGAAGGAAAGCACACGCGCCGCGGCGCUGCGUGCCCUGGCCGCGCUGGGCACCCGCCUGCCUGCCGACGACGCGGCGCGGGGGGCCGCAGCGCGCGCCGCGCUGGCCCUCUUCUCCGGCGCGGCGGAGGGCAAGAUCAAGGGCGUGCCGGAGCGCGCCUGCCUCGCGCAGGCCGCUGCGCUGCUGGCGCCAUCCUUUGCGGAUCUUGCAGUUCUUGCCACGAAUGAGACCGACGGCGACGAAGACUCGGAGGCGGCUGGCGUGAUGGCCGAGGCCGUGGCGGCCUACGCCGGCGAGGCCAGCGAGGACGGCAGGCUGGGCCUGCUGGAGGCGGAUGGGGUCCUGGCGGCGCUGGCGCUGGCGCGCCUGGCCUCAGUCGACGCCGGCGCGCGGGCCGCUCUGCAGAAGUCGGGCCUGCUGGAGGCGGGCAGCCCCCUGCUGCAGCCGGCGACGGCGGCCAAGCUGCCACCUGCCGCGGCCGCUGCCGCCGCAGAACUCGCUGGCCUGCUGCUGGAAAGGCAGGAGCUCCUGCUGGGGAGGGCCGCCUCGCAGGACGUGGUCCCGCUGCUGUGCGACACCCUGGUGCUCCUGCUGCUGCACCACGACGCCGCCACGCGGAAAGCCGCGUCAGACGCCGCUGGUCUGGCCAAGGACCUGUCCCCCGCCCUCUCCGGUCAACUGGCCGCCAGCCUGCAGCGAUACGCCAAUGCCCCCGGCAGCGUGACGGUGGCUUCCUCCCCGCCGGCCCCCAACGCCGACCCUGAAUCGAGCGGACCAGGCCCGCAAGCCCUAGGCGCGCGCUAUGUGCACGCCCUCUUCGCUCUGCUCCCCUCCGCCCCGACGCCGGAUGACGUGGCACGCUGCGCGCUGCUGAGCCACUCGGCCCCCCUAGCAGCCGCACGGCGUGGCGGCGGCGCGGCGGUCUGGGCUGGAGUGGCCCGCGCCCUGGGCGGUCGCCCGGCGCUGCAGCGUUUGCUGGAGAGGCCGGGCGCGGCCCAGGCCGCGCUCGACCGGGUCCUGGCGCCGCUGUUCGAGGCCGCCGGAGAGGCCCACCCCGUACAGCCCCGCGCCGCGCUGGGCGCGCUGCGCUCCCUGAUCGCGCUAGCGCCCUCCUUGUUGCUGCCGACCCUGCUGCACGCGCUGGGGCCCGCCCUGGACGCCACCGACCAUGACGCGCUCAGCGCCUCUCAGCUUCGGACCUACUUCACCCAGCCAGGCCGCCUCUCCAGCGAGACCCGGGACGGCAGCAUCAUGCCCACCGAGGUGCUGCAGAGGGUCCUGGCCAGCAGCCGCACGGGCGGGGCCGAGCCCAGCCCCCAGCCGGCCACCUGGUACCUGGACCCUGCUGCUGGGAGCCCAGACGUUGCCAGCGCUGCGACGCCCGCGCCUUCCCCCGCCUCAUCAGCCACCGCCAAUGGGUCCCGGGUCGGGUCGAGGCCGUCUGCCGCCCCGACGGCCAAAACGGCUGGUGCCAAGCCCAGGCCGGGGUACGGUGCCGGGGCAGGGAAGGACGCUGCGGUGGAAGCCAAGCGGAAGCAGCUCGCCGUGGAGGAGGAGCUGUCCCGACCCGUCCUCCGGCUGCUCACCUCCCCGCUGGUCGGGGACGGCGCAGCUAUGGACGCGCUUUCUUCCAUGGCGCACGCACUGCCCGCCGGGCUUGGGCGCAUGGGAGGCGACGUGGCUGCCUGCCGGCGCCUGGUGGCUUACGCUGAGCUGUCUGCAACCCCAGACUACCAGCCCCUGCUGAGCCAGCCCUGCUUUGGCGCUGCGCUGGCAGCGCUGCAGCGCGCCACGGGCGGCGAGCCGGCCUCCGAGGACGCCGAAGCCCGCCCUGGGGACACGCCGCUGCCGGGCCCCUCUGCCCGCUUCUGCUUCCCCAUCCUGCGAGCCGUGCUCAGCGCGGGCGAGGCCACGCCCCUGCACGGCAUCGCCCUGGACGUGCUGGGUCUGCAUGUGGGGGCCAGCACAGGCUUGUCCCCGUCGGACACCCUGGCCCUGCUGUACCGCACGCUGGAGGUGCUGCCCGUCAUGCGCGAGCGGGUGCAGCCUCUGCUGUGCACGCUGUGCGCCUCCCUCUCUCCGGACGACGGGGACGCGAUGAGCGCGGCGCUGGCGGGUUUGCGCUCCGCGCGCGCGGCCACGCGCGGCGCCGCGCUGCGUGCGCUGCGCGACGUGCCGGCAAUCGCUGACGGCGGCGCGCGCGACGAGCCCACGCUCUGCGCGCUGUGGGUCGCCCGCAGCGACGGCGAGGAGCGCAACGCCGCCGCGGCGCUGGCGCUCUGGGACCUGCUGGGUGCCAGCCUGCCCGCGGGGUUCGUCAGGGCGAUCGUCCGCGAUUACCUGCCGUCGCGCGAGGGCGAGGUGCGCGCAGCCGCGGCCGCCGCUCUGGCCGCAGGGUUGCUGGAGUGCCCCGCCGCCGCGCCGGAGGCCAUGCAGGCAUGCUUGGGGCUGUAUGGCCGGGACGGCGCGGCCCCUGAGGCCGCACGCCUAGGCGCCGUGUCUGGGCUGGAGGCCAUCGCGCCGCAGCUGACCGUGGCCGAGCUGCCCCAGGCCCUAGACUUCCUGCUUUCUCGUGGCCUCCUGGAACCCGUCCCGGCCGUGCAGGGCGCCGUCGUCCUGGCAGGGGUUGCCCUGGUCAACGCGCACGGAAAGCACGCGGCCGCGACCAUGCUGCCCCUGUUUGAGGAGACGCUGGCGCGCAAGUCGCCGGGGCUGUCAGAGGAGCAGUCUGACUACAUGCGACAGGGCGUGGUGGUGCUGCUGGGUACCCUUGCGCGGCACCUGCCGGCCGAGAAUCCCAAGAUCCGGGACAUCGUGGGCACCCUGCUGCAGGUGCUAAAUACCCCCUCAGAGGCCGUGCAGCGCCGUGUCUCCGACUGCCUGCCGCCCCUCAUGCAGGUCCUGCAGCAGGACCGGACGUAUGUCGAGAGCGUGACCAAGCAGCUGCUGGGCAGCUGCCUCAAGGCCCGCGGCUACGGCGAGAGGCGCGGCGCCGCCUUUGGGCUGGCGGGUGUGGUCAAGGGUCUUGGCAUCGGGUGCCUAAAGAACUUUGGUGUGCUGGACACGCUCAAGGCCGCCGUCCAGGAUAAGGGCGGCGCCGACGGCAAGGAAGGCGCCCUGCUGGCGUACGAGUGCCUGUCGGAGAAGCUGGGGCGCCUGUUUGAGCCAUAUGUUGUCUCCACCCUGCCCAACCUCCUGUCCUGUUUUGGAGACUCCUCCGCCGCAGUGCGCGAGGCAGCCUCCGCGGCAGCCAGGACCAUCAUGGGCCAGCUGUCGGCGCAGGGCGUGCGAUUAGUCAUGCCCGCCCUGCUUCAGGGUGUGGAGGACAAGGCCUGGCGCACCAAGGAGGGCAGCAUCCAGCUGCUGGGCGCCAUGGCCUUCUGCAACCCGCGCCAGCUGGGCACGGCGCUGCCUGCGGUGGUGCCCCACCUGGGUCAAGCGUUGAGCGACCCCCACCCCCGUGUGGCUUCCGCGGCGCAGCGCUCGCUGGACGAGGUAGCCUCGGUCAUCCGCAACCCCGAGGUCAAACGCCUGGUGCCCACGCUGCUUGCGGCGCUGGGCGACCCCAACAAGCACACGCGCAAGAUGCUGGAUAUGCUGCUCAGCACCGUCUUCGUCAACACCGUGGACGCCGCCAGCUUGGCGCUGAUCAUGCCUGUGGUCCAGCGCGGGCUCAAGGACCGGUCCGGGGACAUCAAGAAACGCGCGGCGCGCAUCGUGGGCAACCUGUCGGCGCUGGCCAACGACCCGCGCGACAUGGCGCCCUACGUCGCCCGUCUGCUGCCGGAGCUCCAGGCGGCGCUGGUGGACCCGCUGCCGGAGGUGCGCGCCACCUCGGCGCGCGCGGUGGGCACCCUCGUGCGCGGCAUGGGCCCCGCCGCCUUCUCCGACCUCGUCCCCUGGCUCCUGACCCGCCUCGGCUCGGAGGCCAGCGGCGUGGAGCGCUCCGGCGCCGCCCAGGGCCUGGCAGAGGUGCUGGCCGUGCAGGGCGACGCGGCGGUGGAGGCCCUGCUGCCGAGGAUCCUGGAAGGCGCGAGGGCGCGCUCCGCCGCCGUGCGGGAGGGCCACGUCACGCUGUUCAAGUACCUGCCCGGCUGCAUGCCCGCCGCCUUCCGCGUUCACCUCGCGCGCGUGCUGCCGGUGGUCCUGCUGGGACUGGCCGACGAGGCGGAAGGCGUGCGCGAUGCCGCGCUGUCUGCUGCGCGCGUGGCGGUGGACCUCUACGCCACCUCCGCCCUGGAGCUCCUCCUGCCCGCCGUGGAGGCGGGAAUCAUGAACGCCAACUGGCGCAUCCGCCAGUCCAGCAUUGAGCUCCUGGGCGACCUGCUCUUCAAGGUCGCUGGCACCUCGGGCCGCAUCCAGCAGGACCUCCAGAACGAGGAGGACGAGGGCAUCUCCGUCGAGGCCCACGGCCGUGCCAUCGCCGAGGCCCUGGGCAACGAGAGGAGGUGCCAGGUGCUGAGCCUGCUGUACAUGGCGCGCUCCGACGAGGCCUUUGGCGUGCGUGGCGCGGCGUUGCACGUCUGGAAGACGGUGGUGACCAACACCCCCAAGACCCUGGGCGAGAUCCUGCCGGCGCUCAUGGCCCAGGUCAUCCGCAGCCUGGCCGACCCGGCCGAGGACCCGCGCGCCGCGGCGGGGCGCUGCCUGGGGGAGCUGGUGCGGAAGAUGGGCGAGCGGGUGCUCUCCCAGAUCGUACCCAUCCUGCGCGAGGGCAUGAACGACCCCUCGCCCCAGACCCGCCAGGGCGUGUGCAGCGGCCUGCGGGACGUGCUGGAAAACGCGGCGCGCGACCAGCUGGCGCAGCACCUGCCCUCGCUCCUGCCGGCCAUCCAGGCGGCCCUCUGCGACCCCGACCCCGAAGUCAGGCUGGCCGCUGGCGGCGUGUUCAACGUGCUGUUCAAGUCUGGCGGCGCCGCGUCGCUGGACUCCGUGGUCCCGGCCCUGCUGGCCUCGUUGGACGCGCCCGAGGCGGAGCGCCAGGCGCAGGCGCUGGAGGGCCUGCGCGUCAUCCUGGGCGUGCGGCCGAGCCUGCUGGGCUCCAUGCUGCCACGCCUGACCCGCCCACCGCCCGUCGCGACGAAGCUGCGCGCGCUGGGCACGCUGUGCGAGGUCGCCGGCGCCGCGCUGCACGCGCACCUGGGCUCGCUGCUGCCGGCGCUGCUGGCGCUGACCUCGGGGCACCCGGACGUGUCGCCGGCCACCGCCGCAGCGCACGAUGCACAACGCGCCGUGGUUCUGGCCGUGCAGGAGGACGGGCUGUACCUCCUCAUCGCCGAGCUGCUCAAGGGGCUGGACGACGACGCGCGCCGCGUGGGCGCCGCCGUCGGCAUCGGCCAGCUCUGCCGCGGCUCGCGCCUCGACUUCCAAGAGCACAUCCCCGCCCUCAUCGCCUCCCUGGUGCCAGCCCUGGCCGAGGAGUCUGAUGAGGAGGUUGUGGCCUGCUGGGAGGCCCUGGCCGCCGUCACGGGGUCCAUUCCCAAGGAGAUGCAGCCCAACUAUGUGCGCUGCCUCAAGGACGCGGUGCUGGCCACGAGGGACAAGGAGCGGCGCAAGCGCACCGGCGGGCCCCUGCUGGUCAAGGGCUUCUGCCUGCCCAAGGCACUGGGGCCGGUUCUGCCCAUCUACCUCCAGGGCAUGCUGCAGGGCUCGGCCGAGCUGCGGGAGGUGGCUGCGGAGGGCCUGGGCCAGCUGGUGGAGAUCACGGGGGAGGAGGCGCUGCGGCCCUACGUGGUGCAGAGCACGGGGCCCCUCAUCCGCAUCAUCGGCGACCGCUUCCCCUGGCAGGUCAAGGCCGCCAUCCUGCGCACGCUGGGCAUCCUCAUCGCCAAGGCGGGCGCCGGGCUCAAGCCCUUUGUGCCCCAGCUGCAGACCACCUUUGUCAAGUGCCUGCUGGACCCCGAGCCCAGGGCGUACCUGGUGGCGCUGGCCGGCGCGCUGGCUGCCAGCGGCGACCGCGCCUCCCCCGACGCGCUCUCCCGGGUUGGCGGCGCGGUGCAGGACGCGCUGGCGCGCGCGGGCGAGGACGAGGAGGCCCGCGCCGCGGCGGCGCGCGCGCUGGGCGCGCUGUGCCCGCACGUGCCACCCGGCGAGGCCCGCGCGCUGUUGGCCGCCGCGGGGUGCCUGGGUGCGGCGGGGGCCGGCGCGGCCGCCAGCGGCCGGCAGGGCGACCGCCUGGGCGCGGCGCUGACCGCGGCCGCGCUGACUCAGCACGCGUCGCGCCUGCUGACGGAGGACGCGCCGCUGGCGGCGGAGCUCUGCGCCGCCAUCGCGUCCCGCUUCGGCCGCGACCCGUACCCGCUCAUCAAGCAGGCCGCCGGGGCGGCGGCCGGGAGGCUGGCUGCUGCGCAGCUCCAAGCGGCUGGAAGCGCCCCCAGCCUGCCCAAGCUGGUCCCGCUCUUCGUCAGCCUGCUGGGCUCCGACCAGGACAGUGACGUGCAGCGCACCAUGCUGGGCGUGCUGCGGCGGCUGGCCUCCUCGACCCCGGCGGCCCCCGCAGCCCUGGCCCCUUACUUCCCGGACCUGGUGCCCUCCCUGCUGGCUGUGGUGCAGGAAACCAGCGGCACAACCAAGCUGAGCGCAGAGAGGACGCUGGCGCGGGUGCUGGGCCUGGCGAGCGGCGACGAGUUGCUGACGCAGGCCUUCCUGGAGGACGGCGCAGGCACCGCCGCGCGGCGCCAGCUCACCGAGGCCUAUGUCCGGCGCCUGACCCGCCUGCCCCCGGGCGACGAGGACGACGACGUCGAGUUUUAA